AUGGCUGAAGAAAUAACCCAAAAGACCCAAGACUUGUCCUUGGAUUCCAAACAAAAAUCGGUAGAUAAAACCACAACCACAACGGUGUUUGACUCAAAGGAAGAAUUCACUGCAAAGCAUCCGUUGAACAACAGAUGGACGUUAUGGUACACUAAACCGCAAACCAACAAGUCGGAAAACUGGCACGAUUUAUUGAAACCCGUGAUAACUUUCUCCUCGGUGGAAGAGUUUUGGGGUAUUUAUAACUCGAUCCCAUCUGCAAACCAAAUACCCUUGAAGUCGGAUUAUCACUUAUUUAAAGAAGGCAUAAGACCCGAAUGGGAAGACGAGGCCAAUGCCAAAGGUGGCAAGUGGCAACACUCUUUCCCCAAGAAGGAAGGCAAUUCCAACAUCAACGAUUUGUGGUUGAGAGGCUUGUUGGCGGUGAUUGGUGAAACUAUUGAAGACGACGAAGACGAAGUCAACGGUAUAGUCAUCAACGUGAGAAAACCAGCUUACAGAAUCGGUAUAUGGACCAAGGACUGCGAUGCCAAAAAAUUGAGAACCGUUGGUGAAAGAUUGAAAAAGAUCUUGCAGUUGAAAGAUGAACAAAAAGUCGAGUUCACGUCGCAUGAUCCUUCAAGUACAAGAGGUUCCGAAGCCCAAAUUGUAUUAUAG